GUGAAGAUAUGAAGGAUGACAUAGGACAGACUCCAGCUGAAUAAAGCAAUAUUGUACAACCACCGCACAGUAGAACUAAUUAAAAUUAAGUCUGUCAUAGGAACUCCUUGUCUCUACACAUUGGAUGCUUUCACAGUAUCGUUCUAUUGACAAAGAGAUUAUUCUUACGUCACUGUAAGUAGUGAUUCCAGGGUUCUUGUGAUAUUCUGGAGCGUAUUCAAACAAAGUCUAGUGAACUAAAAUCGUAAAUAUGCAUUUUUGACAUAUUUUGCCAUCUUUGCUUACGAAGUUGAGAGCUUAAAAUAUAUUUUGGUAGCAUUUGCUAGUUGCAUAAAAAACCUAAGAAAUUAGUACAAGAAUUAGACACUGAGUAGUCUGUCGUAUUUUCAAAUUAGUUUCGAUUGUCUGUAGAGUUCAGAUAUGCAAGGUGUUGCUGCAUCUGUUACUGAUACCCUAGGAAAUAUCAAACCAUGGCUUCAGAAAGUAACAGCUCAAUCAAAGCCUACGGAUGCUCGGUACUUCACGACAACGAAAAAAGGUGAAAUUUUUGAGUUGAAAGCCGAAUUGAAUAGUGAGCGAAGAGAAAAAAAGAAGGAGGCUGUCAAAAAGGUCAUAGCCAGUAUGACUGUAGGUAAAGAUGUUAGUGCUUUGUUUCCAGAUGUAAUCAACUGUAUGCAAACUGAUAAUUUGGAACUUAAGAAGCUAGUAUAUCUGUAUCUUAUGAAUUAUGCCAAGACACAGCCUGAUACUGCAAUAAUGGCUGUGAAUACCUUUGUAAAAGAUUGCGAUGAUCCCAAUCCACUUAUCAGGGCGCUUGCUGUGCGAACAAUGGGCUGCAUACGUGUGGAGAAAAUAACUGCCUAUCUCUGUGACCCACUCCGUAAAUGUCUUAAAGACGAAGAUCCAUAUGUCCGCAAGACAGCUGCUGUUUGUGUAGCAAAGCUGCAUGAUAUAGAUGCUCAGUUAGUGGAAGAUAGUGGAUUUUUAGAACUUUUGAGGGAUUUGUUAUGUGACAGUAAUCCCAUGGUAGUCGCUAAUGCUGUCGCAUCAAUAACUGAAAUAUUGGAGAUGACAAAUUCUGAUUCUGCAAGGUCCUUACUUGCCUUCGAUGGUCCAGUAAUUAACAAACUCCUGACAGCUCUUAAUGAAUGCACUGAGUGGGGACAAGUUUUUAUACUUGAUGCGAUUGCAGAUUACACACCUGGUGAUGAUCGUGAGGCACAAAGUAUCAUCGAACGCGUAUCUCCAAGACUAGCACACGCAAACGCUGCUGUCGUUCUAUCAACUGUUAAAGUCAUUAUGAAAAUGUUGGAAAUGGUUGAUCCUACUUCCGAAACUGCAUCGACUGUAAUUAGAAAGUUGGCACCCCCACUAGUAACAUUACUUUCUGCGGAACCGGAAAUUCAGUAUGUAGCUCUGCGCAAUAUUAACUUAAUUGUUCAAAAGCGUAGAGAUAUUUUAAAGCAGGAGAUAAAAGUAUUUUUUGUCAAGUAUAAUGACUCGAUCUAUGUGAAACUUGAGAAGCUAGAUAUAAUGAUACGUCUCAUCAAUCAGUCUAACAUUGGUCAGGUGCUUGCUGAACUGAAGGAAUACGCAAAAGAAGUUGACGUGGAUUUUGUCCGAAAAGCUGUUCGUGCAAUAGGGAGAUGUGCUAUCAAGAUUGAAUCUGCCGCGGAGCGUUGUGUGUCUGCAUUAAUUGAUCUUAUCCAAACAAAAGUUAAUUAUGUCGUUCAGGAAGCAGUUGUAGUGAUCAAGGACAUAUUUAGGAAGUAUCCGAAUAAAUACGAGAGCAUCAUCUCCAUCCUGUGCGAGAAUCUUGAUACAUUAGAUGAGCCUGAAGCACGUGGGUCAAUGAUUUGGAUCAUUGGAGAAUAUGCUGAAAGAAUUGAUAACGCUGAUGAACUACUUGAAUCUUUUCUAGACGGUUUUCAGGAUGAAAACACCCAGGUUCAGUUACAGCUGUUAACUGCAAUAGUAAAGCUAUUUCUUAAAAGGCCGUCUGAUACACAGGAACUUGUCCAAACUGUCCUUGGUUUAGCUACACAAGAGUCUGACAACCCAGAUCUUCGUGAUAGGGGUUAUAUCUAUUGGCGUUUACUGUCUACAGACCCGGCAGCUGCUAAAGAAGUUGUACUCGCAGAAAAACCACUUAUUUCAGAGGAGACAGAUAUGCUUGAACCAACGUUAUUGGAUGAACUCAUUUGUCACUUAGCAAGCCUAGCUAGUGUUUAUCACCGGCCGCCAAGUUCUUUUGUCGAAGGUAGGCAUGUAGCUCGGCGUCAACUUCCAGCACGCGUAAAUGGGGUCUCCUCGGCACCUGGAGCAAAUUAUGGUGAUUCACAACAAGUAGAUGUUCCAGCUCCUACGGUUAUCCCAACUCAGGAGACAUUAAUUGGGGACCUAUUGGAUAUUGAUCUUGGAAGUGGGCCAUCUACAUAUGAUUCAACGAUGCACCAGUUCUCUCGCCCUCCUGUACCAAAUACUGGAUAUAGUUCAGCGACCCCUGAUCUUUUGGGUGAUGGCUUAGACGAUCUCUUACCUGGUGUUACUAAAACUCAUCCAAAUGAAGAACAGAAGACUCAGUUUGGAGGAGCAUCUUCGUCGGCUGCUGACGUGUUGGCAGAUAUUUUUGGAGGAAUCAAAAUGUCUGAUCUUUCUGGUGAUACUGGCUUCUUUGUGCCACCUGCAACUGUUUUACUGGAAGCUGCUCGUGGUAAAGGUCUCGAAAUUCGUGGUACAUUUUCUCGUAAGACAGCUACCGCACAAGUUUUUAUGGAGCUGACAUUGAUUAAUAAUGCACUAACUCCCAUGUCUGGAUUCGCUAUACAAUUUAAUAAAAAUAGCUUUGGCUUAGUUCCAGCCCAAGCACUAAAUGUCCCUACUCCUUUGAUGCCUCAUCAAUCUGUUAAUGUAUCCCUUCCGUUAGCAACUACUGGUCCUGUAAUGAAGAUGGUUCCACUUAUGAAUCUACAGAUUGCUGUCAAGAAUAAUAUUGACGUAUUUUACUUUGCUACGUUGGUACCAAUGCAUAUUUUGUUUGUCGAAGAUGGAGAAAUGGAUAAACGAGUUUUCCUAGCUACCUGGAAAGAUAUACCUAGUCAAAAUGAACAACAGUUUACUUUGAGUCCAAAAAAUCUCACUGCUGAUGCUUGUAGCAGUAAAUUACGUCAAAACAAUAUAUUCACUAUUGCUAAACGUAAUUUGGAUGGUCAAGAUAUGCUUUACCAAUCUAUGAAGCUUACAAACGGUAUCUGGGUAUUAGCCGAAUUGAAAAUUCAACCAGACAAUCCGUCUUUUAUUUUAUCAUUAAAAUCACGUACAAUGGAUGUACAUCCUUGUGUUCAAUUGGCAUUCGAUGAAAUUUUAAAUCAUUGAUUAUUAUUUAUUCUCUUAUAAUUAUUUACUACAACUAAUAAUUAGCUUGAUCAUUUCUUUUCUCUACUGACAAUAAUAAUACUACUACUAGGUACUACUAAUUUCAAUCGUUAACUGUGUGUUUUUUUAAUGUGGUGUACACACAAAUUUAAGUUUAUUUUGUUCUAGCAUUCGGGACUUAAAAAGAAAGUACCUGUGGUUCUUUGUGUGUUGUUAUUUCAUUUUACCAAUUGUUGUUGAUUACUUUUAUUUAUUCAUUUCAUUCCAUUUAUCUUAUGCAUAGUUAUAUCCAUACUUACUAUGUGAUUCCAACUCAAUUAUCAUAUCACAAUUGUUGUGUACUGUUUAUCAUUCACUGCUCAUAUUCAAAUUGAUUUAAAUAAAUAUGUUUAAAUUGUAAUAAUUGUUGUUAUUCAUAGACAGCACCACAUCAUUUUUUAUUAUGCUAUAGCAUAAUAGUCAGAGGGUCAUAGGCUCUUCCAUAUCGCUCCAUCUACUUGGAGUUUGUUAUGACUACCAUUAUCUGCCAAGUAUGAGUGCUGCAUAUAGUUCUCAGUAUAGAAGUUUGUAAUUUGAUUAUCUAUUCACCCUACUGUUUUAUGACUCAGAAAACUAGGUAACUUUUGAAGGUGUUUUGUUCUUUAACGUGGUUAGUUUAGUCAUGAAGUUUUCAUUAUCUUGCUAAGAAAUAUCAGUAAUCUCAAAUUUAUUUC